AUGUUACAUCAACAACAGCAGCAGCAACAACAAAAACCAAAAUUUCGGUUACAGCUUGAAGAUGUUGGCAAUCCUCAGCCUUGCCCCGACAACCCUAUACGCCUUUUGGCAUCCCGUACACCUCAAUAUAUUUAUUCGCCAUAUGAUGAAAAUAAACUAUACCCUCCCGAUACUGAUUGUCAAUUUCUCAUUGAGGCUACAGACAAAUUUCAUAGAAUACAUUUGACAAUAAUAGAAAGUGAUUUAGAAGAAGCUUUAUUUACAGAUUGUAAUGAUUAUGUUAGUGUUAGGGAUAGAGAAGGAAACGAAACUAGUAUCAAAGAAGUUGCCCGUUGGUGUGGACAAGAUUAUCCCGCUGCUAUAGCAAGUGCCAGCGAUUCGUUGCUUGUUCACUUUCACUCAGAUUCAAUAAUACAAAAACGUGGAUUUAACAUUUCUUUUGUUCAAUUUGAUAUUGACACAUGCCCUCCCGAUUGGAUUUCUGAUGGAAUAUCAUCCCCAUAUUGUUAUAAACAAUUUGUUUUACCUCAUAUUUUGCCUUGGUAUGAGGCCCAAAAGGAAUGCAAUUUUGAAAGGGCAAAUUUGGCGACAUUUCAGAAUGAAGCGGAUUAUGCUUUUAUUGUUGGUAAGGAGUGGAAAAAAUUCAAAAAAAAUCAAAAAAAUUUUUAUUCACUAGAAUCCUACUCUCAGACCCAUUCUUUCCCUUGGGUUGGUUAUUCUGAUGCAAAUGUUGAAGGUAUUUAUGAAUCCAUUGACAGAAAUGUGCCUCUUUGGCCGGAAAAUUUUCCUUUAAAACACGAAAAUGAAAUGAAGGAUUGUGUUUAUCUUGAUUGGAAUAAACGAGAUCAAAUAGUGGUAUAUGAAAUUGACGAUUGUCGCAAUAGAAGACCAUUCUUGUGCAAAAAGAGGAGAGACGGUACAGAAGUUCCAGUCGUCUUACCAGCAGGGAUGAUACGUCGCGGCUUUCGCGAUUUUACUAUGGAUUAUACACUUUUGGUUGUAGUUGUGAUAUUUGCUUUGUUAGCAUUAGUAGUUGGAUGUGUUUUGUUUCACAAAUACAAGGAACGUAACAACCGAAUAAUUAAUAUAGACAUGAAUCAACGUCUAGUUCAACAACAACAAGGGCAACAACCAGGAAAUAAGGAUAAAGCUGCCGCGGCUUUAGCAAGGCAAAAAGCUAAGGAGAGGGAACGGCGGGAAUUAAGAGAACAAAAAUAUGCUGAAACUAGUAAUAACAACAGCAAUAGAGGUGGGAGAGGAGGAGGAGGAGGGAUUGCUACAACAAAAUCCCCGUUUGAAUCCCAAGACAGUAAUGCUUCAUUUCCUCUACAAACAUUCCAAUCAACCUUUGCCCAAAGAAUGACAACUACAACAACUACGGGGAAUGUAGAACCUUUAGAUACUGCAGCAGCUUUAGCUGAAGCAACUGCUACUGCUAGUCAACAAAUGAGGGAACAUGAGGCCACUAAACUUCAUCCACAACAACUUUCAGCAGAAAUUGCAUCUGUUGAUUCUCCACCCGAGGAUGAUCUCAACUCUUCUCCACGUAUUAGAAUGAGUCCAAAUCAGCCUUCUUUUGUUGAGGAGGGAAGAAAAAUUUCUGAGAAAAAAAUAAGAAAAGGAUGGAUGGGUGCUGGUGUAAGUGGUGGGGGAACAACUGAUAGGGAAGAGGAGGAAGAAGAAAAAGAUAGACACAAUAUGGGGUAUGAACCUGAUUCUGAAGAGGAGGAACACGAAGAAAAUGAACGGCAAAAAAUAAGAAGAGCAAGUAAGAUAAAUGGUGAAGGGGAGGGAGGAGAAGAAAAUUUUUUGAUGGAAAUGAAUGAAGAGGGAGGAAGAAAAAAUACUGGAGAAAAUAAUGGAGAAAACGAGGAGUUGGAGCAGUACACGCAACACAACCAUAUGGAAGAGGAGUUGGAGCAGUACAGUGGAGGGGAACAAUUUAAGCAGUAUAAACACAAAAAUGUUAUAGAAUCAGAACAAUAUGUUAAUAGUCAACAAUUCAAACAAUUAGAGUCUGAUGAUGGAGGAGAGAUUCAACAAAAAGUAGUUCAAGUAGAAUUGCAUGGAGAAAAUGGGGAAGAAGGGGGAUUGGGUCAAUUUAAAGAUAAGAGGACAAAAGAGGAAAGAAUUAAUAAUUUUGAUGAGAAAAUGAUGGAUAGUUAUGCCAUUGGAGAUCAUUUCAAGGCUGCAAAGGUGGCAACAUCAGCAAUCGCUUCAGCAGCCAUAGCAGCCACCGAACAUCCAGUUCGACCACCUAUUGAAUUAAUGAGAACUACUAGAACCACUUCUACAGAUAAAACAAAAACACCCCCACCAAAAGAAGCAAAAGAGAGUGAAAAAAUAGGGGAAUCCGGAAAAAGUUCUAGGGAAGCAACAAGAGAAGGGACAGAAGAAAAGAGAGAGGAAAAAGAAACUUUUCCGGAAAAAGUUUCCGGAAAGGGUAAUAUUCCUUCUAGUACAGCAAAUCUAGUAAAAACAGAGGGAGAAGGAGGAACAAGAAUUCGAAUAAAAAGAAAAACUUUUGAUCGUCCUCCCCCAGUUGGCCCUUUAGAUAAUGUUUCAGCAAUAUCGUUAGACGAAUUUUGGCAACAACAGAAAUAA